CUAGCUUCAGUGUCAGCCCUAGUUGGACUUUGGACCUGCAAACUUUCCUCCACAAACCACUUCUCCCUCCCCUCAGGCUUUGCUUAUAAUGACCACGACAGUGCCCAGCAUCGAUGAGAUCACGGCGAGCUUGCAAAAGCACGCGCGGGUAUUCGAUGACCUGCUGGGUCUGAUCCCGCCGCAGUUCUACCUCCCAGAGAUCAACGAGGAGCGGAUCAACCAAAAGUACAUGAAGAACACAAAGAAGGACACCGAUGCCAAGAAGAAGGAGGCUGCACGCAAGAACAAAGCUGCGCGGCUCGACCCGGACAACAACAAGACGGUGCAGGAGCUGCAGGCCGAGAAGCUGAAAAAGAAGCAGCAGCAGCAGACCGACCAGAGCGAGGCUGAGAUGUCUGACGUCAAGUUUGACCUGGCCACAGAGGACCACACACCAGCAGAGCCGGCAGAGGCUGUGACGCCGAUGCCCGCGUCAUCGUCGAUCUCCGACCUGCGCACACGGCUGCACGAGCGGAUUCAGCUGCUGCGGCAGAAGCGCAAGGCGCCCGAGGACGAUGUUUCAAGAGAGGCGCUGCUAGAGAAGCGGCAGAAGCGUCGGAAGAACAAUAAGGAGGCCAAGGAGAAGGCCAAGAAGACCGGCAAGACGACAAAGGAGCAGGUGCUGGGCAGCAAGGCGCCCGUGGCCGCGACGCCCGCUGCCGCUGGUGCUAACCCGGACGACGUCAAGGACAAUGUGUUCUUUGGCACGCUGACCACAGGCUCGAAGAAGAAGGGCAAGAAGUCCAUGAAUGCACGCAAGACGCUGGAGGCCGUCGAGGGCAAGAAGAAGGAGCUGGACGAGCUGAAGAAGACUGAUGCAGCCAAGGCGGCGAAGCUGGAGGAGAAGGGCAAGUGGGGCAAGGCACUGGAUCUGGCCAAGGGCGAGAGGGUCAAGGACGACACCAAGCUGCUCAGGAAGACGAUCCGGCGCGAGGAGCAGCAGAAGAAGAAGAGCGGGCGCGAGUGGACUGAGCGCAAGAAGAUGGUCGCCAAGAACAUCAAGGACAAGCAGCAGAAGCGCGAUGACAACAUCAAGGCGCGGGUGCAGGCUAAGAAGCUGAAGCAGCAGGGCUUGUCGAAGAAGGCCAUUGAGCGGACGCUCAAGACCACAAAGAACGGCGGUGUGCAGAAGAAGAAGGGCGGCAAGGCACGGCCGGGAUUCGAGGGCAAGGCUGGCAAGGCUGGCAAGG